GUUUGUACACAAGGCAUAUAGGGUGAGGUUAGGGUUCACCAUAAUUUCAUUUCAUUCCAGUCUGGCAAUGGCAAAUAUCUCAGCUUUACCACUUGUUCCUCAAUACAGUCCCGGGAUGCUAGCUACUGCAAAUAAGCAUCAAAUUAGACCCAGAGUUUUCACUGUCUUUGCUGCAAAAUCAGGUCCCUUAAACUCGAUAUUGAACAGAUGUCAGAAAUGUGGAGGCAAAGGGGCCAUAGAGUGCCCUGGAUGUAAGGGAACAGGGAAAAACAAAAAGAAUGGCAACAUAUUUGAGAGAUGGAAAUGCUUUGAUUGCCAAGGAUUUGGGUUGAAAAGUUGUCCUAUUUGUGGGAAAGGAGGGCUCACACCUGAGCAAAGAGGAGAAAGAUAGAGGCUUUUAGUUUUUAAUGAAACAUAUUGUAUCUCAUCACAAUCUACAAAAUCUCGAAAACUUUCCCUCACUGUAUUAUUAUUGUGCAUCUUCUCAAAAACUUUGAUACUAUAAUGCUAAAUAAAUAUUUAAAAUGUUAUUGAA